GCCAGGGGGCAGGGCUUCCCGGCAGGGGCCGGGCUGAGGAUGGCCGAGCACGGGCAGGAGGCGGAGUUCCGCCUCACCGCGCUCUACAUAAGCGGGCCGUGGCAGCGGCUGCGCGCUGAUACUGACCUUCAGUGUGCUGGUCCCAGCGCCAUGGCGCCCUCCAGGAAGUUCUUCGUUGGGGGGAACUGGAAGAUGAAUGGGCGGAAGAAGAGUCUGGGGGAACUCAUCAGCACUCUGAACGCGGCCAAGCUGCCGGCCGACACCGAGGUGGUCUGUGCAGCCCCCACUGCCUACAUUGACUUCGCCCGGCAGAAGCUAGAUCAGAAGAUUGCUGUGGCUGCGCAAAACUGCUACAAAGUGGCUAAUGGGGCUUUUACUGGGGAGAUCAGCCCUGGCAUGAUCAAAGACUGUGGAGCCACGUGGGUAGUCCUGGGGCACUCGGAGAGAAGGCACGUCUUCGGGGAGUCAGAUGAGCUGAUUGGGCAGAAAGUGGCCCACGCCCUGGCGGAGGGACUUGGAGUAAUCGCCUGCAUUGGGGAGAAGCUAGAUGAGAGGGAAGCUGGCAUCACUGAGAAGGUUGUUUUUGAGCAAACCAAGGUCAUCGCAGAUAACGUGAAGGACUGGAACAAGGUUGUCCUGGCCUAUGAACCUGUGUGGGCCAUUGGUACUGGCAAGACUGCAACACCCCAACAGGCCCAGGAAGUACAUGAAAAGCUCCGGGGAUGGCUUAAGUCCCACGUCUCUGAUGCAGUGGCUCAGAACACCCGCAUCAUUUAUGGAGGGUCUGUGACUGGGGCAACCUGCAAGGAGCUGGCAAGCCAGCCUGAUGUAGAUGGCUUCCUCGUGGGUGGUGCUUCUCUCAAGCCUGAAUUCGUGGACAUCAUCAGUGCCAAACAAUAAGCCCCAUCCAUCUCCCCUGCCCGUCCUGCUAAGCCAGGGACUAGGUAGCUCAGAAGCCCAAUAAUUGCAUCCCCAGCUCCACCCCCCCCACACACAUGCUUCUGGUCGUGUCACCUGCCCCCUCUCCUGGCCUAAUCCAAACUGUACCUCUUCCUUUACUGUUUACACCUUACCCUGUAAUGGUUGGGACCAGGCCAAUCCCUUCUCCACUUACUGUAAUAGUUGGAACUAAAUAUGUCACCAAGGUGGCUUCUCCUUGGCUGAGAGGUGGAAGGGGUAGAGUUUGCUCUUGGGUCCCCUCAGUCCCCAGUGAGGGAGGAGAAAGAAGCCAUCCUCCUCUCCCAUCUCGCACCAUGAGGCCAAGGGCUGAGAGACAGCCCGGUCCUCCCCUCCAAGGCCAGGGGUGCUGCUCUCUCCCUUGGUGCCAACGCCUGUGUGUGUUGUGUAUGUGAGCAGUCCCACGUGUGGGGGAAAUAAACAGCUGGAAGUAAGCCUUGUUGUUUGUCCUUC